AUGCGCGGUCUCGACGAAAGCACCGACGCCUUGUUACGUACUGGCCAAAAGGCCCAGGAGCAAGUGAGACAUGCCUGGGACGGCUUCAUAAAUUUUGCGGCGCGGGAUAAUGUCCUCGAGGUCGCGUUAGGUUUGAUUAUAGCUAAUGCGUUCACUAAAGUCGUCACAUCUUUCGUAACAGACAUGGUUCUGCCGAUUGUUUCUCUGUUGCCAUUUCUAAACCGAAACAUGGAUCAGAAGUUCGCCGUGCUCUCCAAGGGUCCCAAUUUUGACCAGCAGAAUGGAUAUAAUACACUCCUUCAAGCCAGAGAAGAUGGGGCGCUGGUUCUGGCUUAUGGAGCGUUUAUUGAGACCGCUAUCAACUUCCUAGGUGUCAGCCUUACUCUGUACGCCGUCGGACAUUUGUACAUGUUGAUCUUUCACGACAAGAUCAUCAAGCCUACUGUCCGGUGUCCAUACUGCAAGCAGUAUAUCGCUGAAUCGGUAAAUGGUUCGAUCCAUGUGUGUUUUGUCUUGACUAAUUGUUCAAAGGCGCUUCGGUGUCGCCAUUGCUCGACAUGGCAAGACGGAAGGGAAGAUGAGCCUCGGAGUGAUAAAAGUUCUCGUGAGGAACCGGCCGACGCCGAGUCGACUUUUGUUGCGGGAAUUCCCUAG